CGUCGGUGAAAUUUGUAUAUCCCCAUUUCAUUUUCCUCCCCAAACCAAAACCCUAAACAACACAGGUGCCCAAAGCAACACUCUUCCUCGAAAGAUUCUGACAAAUUUUCCAGGAAAAUUUUCCCAAAUCAAUGGCGUCCUCCUCGAGUUCUUCGCCGCCACAGUUGGAGGCGAACGAGACUCGUAACUGGGUGGAGCUUCCUCGAGACGUGAUGGCGAUGAUUCUUCACAAGCUCGGUGCGAUUCACAUACUCGAGAGUGCUCAGAAAGUGUGUAUGACUUGGCGUAACAUCUGCAAAGACCCAGCAAUGUGGAGGUCCAUCGACAUGCGCAAUCUCGGAGACCUAUGGAGCAUGCCCUACAAUCUCGAGAAGAUGGCUAGGCAUGCCAUCGAUCGAAGCUGUGGAGAACUUGUAGACAUCAAUCUCGAGUAUUUCGUCACCGAUGAACUCCUUCAGUACUUGGCCGAUCGAGCGAGUCAGCUGAGACGUCUUCGACUUGCGUGUUGCUCUGAGAUUUCAGAUGAGGGUUUGAGUGAAGCUGCUAAAAAACUACCAUUAUUGGAGGAGCUUCACAUUUAUUUGAGCCCACUUUCAAAAGUGUCCCUUGAGACUGUUGGGCGUUGCUGCCCUCGUCUGAAAUCUCUGAAAUUUAAUGAUCGAGGGUCCAGGUCCUCAUACGUGGGGUGUGAUGAUGAGGUUGCGGUGGUUAUCGGAGAAACCAUGCCUGGAUUACAUGAUCUUCAGCUCUUUGGAAAUAAGAUGACGAAUGAUGGGUUGCAGGCUAUUCUCAACGGCUGUCCCCACCUUGAAUCCCUGGACCUGCGGCAGUGUUUCAAUGUUCAUCUUGUAGGACCUUUUGGGAAAAGAUGUUCUGAACGGGUCAAAGUUCUUCAGCGUCCGUACGAUCCCACCGAUGACUAUGAGUUUGAUACAACUGUUUGUGAUGAUGAUGAGGAUUCAUUUGAUGAUGAGUACCCAUCUGGGUUUUCUGAGAUCGACUUCUUGUCUGACGUUGACAAUGAUUAUGAAUUCUCAGGCGGCGGCAGUGAUUAUUCCGACUAUGGAGAGCUGUUUUUUGAUGACUACUAAUCCUCUGUUGGGUUGAAAAGCCCAGGGUGGAGAUCGAUUGAUAGGAUGGCUAAAACAUAAAGUGGGUUAGGUCUGGCUCUUAUUAUCCGACUUAUGUUGUAGCUUUUGUCCGUAAGGGGGGGUGGGGGGUUUGUUUAUGACUGCUAUGUCUCUCUAGUUAUAUUUUCAUAUGACUUUUCAUGUUUUGGUUUUGUCUGCCUCUGUUUCUGUAGAAAGAUAUCAUCAUGAUGUGUUUAGUUGGACUUUGGUUCUUGUUGUGAAACAAAUAAUAUUCUUCUGGUUUAUAUAAAGAAAAAUGCCUUUUAGCUCGAGGA